CGAAUAAUUUAUUCUAGAGACUAAACGUUCGCGAAAAUGCCAAAAUGUACAAAAAGGCUCUGCGUUGAACACCCUUAUUUGAAAGGACCGCAUGGUCCACAAUGGCGGCGCCCGACAGAACAUUAAACUGUGAGGACUUUUCCAUGUUUCAGGAGGUGCUGAAGCUGAUGCGUACCAUGGACGAUCGCAUUGUCCAUGCCCUGAACACCACCGUUCCCACGGUCUCAUUUUCGGGCAAAGUGGAUGCUACGCAAACUUGCAAGCAACUGUAUAAAUCGAUGAUGGAGGCCCAUCUCAGCCGGGACAAAGCCAUCAAGGCGUGCAUCACGCACACGUCCGAAGUGGUGGGGCAACUGCGCGAGGCAAGAGCGAAGGACGGUGCCGACAUGGCUGUCAUGAAACAGCUCAGGAAGGAGCAGACCAAACUCAAGCUCAUGCAGUCUGAGCUGAACGUCGAGGAAGUCGUCAACGAUAGAAGUCAUAAGGUUUUUAACGAAAGGUGCCGAAUUCACUACACGCCGCCCAAGGUGAAGUGAGGCUAAGUUACAUCCGGAUGACUGAGACUGAUCCAGAAACUGUGACCACGCUGCCGCCAUCUUGGCUCCAGAAUGACCGCUCAGAUGUCUCUUUCCCUCGUUUUGCUCAUUCCUGUCUGUGAUUGUCUUUUAAACGGCCAUCUUUCCUUCUAAGCGCGCAUGUGAUUUGAUGACACACACUGUACAAAAAAAACAUAUAUUUUAUAAACAAUGUACUGAAAUGUUUUCAAAAACAA